UCCUGGUUGGAUGGUCAAUGGUGCAAACCACUGGGAAGUGGGAACAGCUUUCGUACGGUGCCAAACCAACCCGGAGGUGGAUUCGGUUUCCGUGUGACUUCACCGCCUGCAAAGAUACAGAGGAAAUAAAGCGAAUAGUAGAAGAAAUAAAGUAUAGAAUUGCCGUGCGAUCCGCAAAGCUGAUCCGUCAAUUAAAAAGAAAAGACAAUCUCUUGAAUAAACGACAGAAGAACUGUGAUAUUGUGACAGCAUGUUUGCAGGCAGUGUCACAGAAAAGACGUGUUGACACAAAGCUGAAAUUCACAAUCGAACCAUCUGUGAGCAAACAUGGCUUUCAGCAGUGGUAUGAUGCUCUGAAAGCUGUAGCCAGGUUACCUACAGGAAUUCCAAAGGAAUGGAGGAAAAGAGUUUGGCUGACGCUAGCAGACCAAUACUUGCACAGUAUCUCAAUUGACUGGGAGAAGACAAUGCGCUUUGCAUUUAAUGAUAGGAGCAACCCUGAUGAUGAUUCAAUGGGAAUUCAAAUUGUAAAGGACCUUCACAGAACAGGCUGCAGUUCUUAUUGUGGGCAAGAAGCUGAGCAGGAUCGUGUAGUGUUGAAGAGAGUUCUACUGGCCUAUGCUCGAUGGAACAAAUUUGUAGGCUACUGCCAGGGUUUCAAUGUUCUUGCAGCUCUCAUAUUGGAAGUGAUGGAAGGAAAUGAGGGUGAUGCUCUGAAGGUAAUGAUUUACUUGAUUGAUAAAGUGCUCCCUGAGAGUUAUUUUGCCAAUAACCUACGUGCAUUAUCAGUGGACAUGGCCGUCUUUCGAGAUCUCCUCCACAUAAAGUUACCUGAGCUUUCCCAGCAUCUCGGCAAUCUCCAGAAAGCUGCCAAUAAGGAGAGUGCAGGCAGCUAUGAACCUCCCCUGACCAACGUCUUCACCAUGCAGUGGUUUCUCACCCUGUUUGCUACCUGCCUUCCGAAUCAUACAGUGUUACGGAUCUGGGACUCUGUGUUCUUUGAAGGGUCUGAGGUGAUUCUGCGAGUGGCGCUGGCGAUCUGGGCAAAGCUUGGGGAGAGAAUUGAAGACUGCGAGAGUGCAGAUGAGUUUUACAGCACGAUGGGAAGACUGACUCAAGAAAUGUUGGAGAAUAAUCUGAUUGACAGCAGUGAGCUGAUGCAGACUCUCUAUUCAAUGGCUCCUUUUCCCUUUCCACAACUGGCUGAACUUAGAGAGAAAUACACUUACAAUAUCACUCCAUUCCCAGCACCUGUAAAGUCUUCUGCAUCACAAGGGAGCCUGAAUAAAAUGAAGGAUAGUGAUGAAGAGAUUGAUCUGGAUGAUGAAGAUGCUAUGGCUUCUGCCGUCGGCUGCCUGGGACCAUUUAGUAGUUUGCUGGCACCAGAACUACAGAAAUAUCAAAAACAAGUUAAAGAUCAGCGGGAAGACCAGAUCCUGAAAUCGAGCAACAUAGCAGAGCUCAGCCCCGGGGCUAUCGAUGCCAGCCGCAGUGAGCAUCACUCAGCAUUUAAUAGCAUGAUGAUGGAGCGUAUGACAACUGACAUCAAUGCACUGAAGCGCCAGUACGCCAGGAUAAAGAAACGGCAGCAGCAGCAACAGGCACACCUCAUCUUCAUCAGAUCAGGAACAGAAGAAGAAAUUAAUCCUGGGAUCAUCCCUGAUCCCAGGGACCAGAUGAAUAAUGCUAUUGGAAGAAGAACAGAAGAAGAAAUUAAUCCUGGGAUCAUCCCUGAUCCCAGGGACCAGAUGAAUAAUGCUAUUGGAAGAACUGAGGGACCUGUCUCCACACUACUGCCUUCACAGGUCACUCAGGCUCCAAUGAUGAACCACCUGCUUCUUGGUAAGAAACUGAGAACGACUAACAGGGUCACUCGAAAUGCCACUUUUCACACGCCCGGGUCAAAGAGCUCACACGAAGAUGCGAAAUCCAAGCUGAACUCGCCAUGGCGCACUCACAUUCGAGUUCACCGAAAAAACUUAGCAAGGAACAAGAGCCAGCUGAGCUGCAGUGACACCAUAGGGCUAAUUGAGGAGCAAAAUAACCCGACUAAAGAGAGACGUGACAAACCAGUUGUGGAACUGUCCCUGAGCUCUGCUGAGAGCGCAGAAGCGGACAGCAAAAGCGUUGAGGAUCGAGUAUCAGCACCAGCAGAUGGGCAAUCUCCUGAACCAGUUUACAGGGAUUCAAAUGGUAACAUGACUGUAGUUCAGGAUCAGCUCGAAGCUUUAGACCUAAGCCAGACUGAUGCUAAUGCGGAGGAGCUACCCAGUCCACCGCAGAGCCAAAGGCACUCAUCUGACUCUUCAGAUUCUGACAAAGGAACUUCAGACAUAGCACACAGAUCCAGCACGACAAAGACACAAGGAUUCAGCCCUUUUCCUAGUGUUAAACCUCCCAGGAAGUCAGCUGCAGCAAGAAAUUUGGGAUUGUACGGGCCGACAGAGCGGACCCCAACGGUCCAUUUUCCCCACAUGAGCACUAGCGUUAACAGAACAGGGAACAGCAAGCAAAAUGUGAUCAAGAAACGUUGAAGAGGCCAGGGCAGCACUGGGCGGGGACUGAUUGAUUCUAAUUUAUUUCUAUAUUGAAAUAGUGUGUGGUGUGUCAACUAAGAACUCAAAUCCUUCAUCAUGUCCAAUGUUGUAAAUCUUAUCGUGUGUAAAUGCAUUGNAAAAAAAUCUUUAAAAUAUUGUUAGGGUAAUAGUAAAAUUCUAAAAUACUGCUGUAUUAACAUGCACUCUCUAGGAUACUUGGUCUUAGUCUCUGUACACUGUAAUGCACUGUAAUGCUACAGUGUGGACUAGUUGAAGGGGAAAUUUAAAAUGAAUGCACAGUAAUUCAAAAAAUUCCAACACAAAUUUAACAGUUGUUGUACACCUCGGUAUCGUGAACGUGAUAAUAAAUACCACUGUUUGCAACUUCAAA